AUGCCUUUUCAUCUGCUCCUGCUAAUUUUCCACAACCUACAAUUCAUGCGGCCUCUAAACAGAUGCAGAGAGAAUGUUCUCCACGCUCAAGGUUCCCCUUUCCUCAGACACUAUCUGAGGUCUUCAUGGUUGUGAGAGAUUCUUAUUUUCUAAUCUUUUUCUAUCUUCAACUGUGUAGUGGCGUUUGUGCGUGGUGUCCCGUUUUGUGAUGACGCUUGUGGUGACUUUUGGAGGAUGCCUCCACACUCCUCCCCUCCUCCUGCGAGUCAGGAGGAGGAUCUCUGCAGCCGAACCAGGCCUCCUCAUCUCCUGCAGCCCUCGUCUCUGGCUGCCAGCCGCUGACAGAGAAAGGAGGAGCGCUCCCCAAGAGAACCAUGCUGCUGUGGUCGGUGUGGGGUGUUCUGCUGCUCAACACAGCGGGGGCUUCAGACGAGGACGAUGUCCGAGCAGGAUGCAGCACGGCCGUGAACGACCUGGUAUACAUUGUGGAUGGGUCUUGGAGCGUCGGCUACACCGACUUUGACACAGCCAAGGAAUGGCUCAUCAACAUCACCAGCCAGUUUGAUAUCAGUCCACACUAUACACAGGUUGGUGUUGUCCAGUACAGCGACACACCUCGACUGGAGAUUCCUCUGGGGAAGCACCAGCAGGGGGCGGAGCUGAUCCAGGCCAUACAGAGCAUUGACUAUCUAGGAGGAAACACACAGACUGGCAGAGCCAUAAAGUUUGUAGUGGACCACGUGUUUUCCUCCACCGAGAGAGGGAGCAGAGUAAAGAACCGAAUCGCGGUGGUGGUGACUGACGGCAAAUCUCAGGAUGACGUGGUAGAUGCCAGCAUGGAAGCACGAGCUCAGGGCAUCACAGUGUUUGCUGUAGGAGUUGGCAGUGAGAUCACAACAUCAGAGUUGGUGUCCAUUGCCAACAAACCAUCAUCCACAUACGUCCUAUAUGCUGAGGAUUAUACCACCAUUGACCGUAUUGGAGACUCCAUGGAACAAAAACUAUGUGAAGAGUCUGUAUGCCCAACAAGAAUCCCAGUGGCAUCUCGCGAUGAGAAAGGCUUCGAGUUGAUGGUGGGAUUAAACAUUCAGAAGAAAGCCAAGAAGGUUUCAGGCUCUCUGGUUUCUGAGACUGCUUACACUCUUACCGUUGGCACAGAUAUUGCAGAGACAACAAGAGAGAUUUUUCCAGAAGGCCUGCCUCCAUCAUAUGUCUUCAUCGCAACUCUGCGUCUGACUGGGAGCUCUAGUAGGCUGACCUAUGAUCUUUGGAGGGUGGUAUCAAAGGAUAAGGAAAUCCAGGUUGCUGUGACUCUCAGUGGCAAAGACAAAUCUGUAACCUUUACCACCACAUGUGUGACAGAAAAGGAGCAAAGAGUCAUCUUUAAAACAGGCUUCCAGACUCUGUUCGAUGGGAAAUGGCAUCAACUGAAGCUCCUGGUCCGGCCAAGACAUGUCAUCGGCUUCCUUGAUGAUCAUCAAAUCCAGGAAAUCUCUUUGAAGCCAGUGGUUCCUAUUUACAUUAACGGGAAGACACAAGUCGCCAAGAAAACAGGGACUGACACCACCGUUCCACUGGAGAUUCAGAAGCUGCGUCUGUACUGUGAUCCUCAUCAGAGCGAGAGGGAAACAGCCUGUGAAAUCUACUCUGUGGAUGAUGAACGGUGUCCUCUGAACCGAACAGAGACUCCAUUAGAAGAAGAUUGCAACUGUGUGGUUGGCCCGCCAGGACAACGUGGCCCACCAGGACGCAUGGGUUUCCGAGGGGAAAAGGGGAGAGAGGGGCCACCAGGACCUGAUGGUAAGCCUGGUAAAGAAGGCCCACCGGGUAAAGAUGGCCCUCCUGGACCUCGAGGGCUGAAGGGUGAAGAGGGCUUAGCGGGACCUUCAGGAGAGCCCGGUCCUCAAGGUGACAAAGGAGACAGAGGAGAACCAGGACUGCCAGGUGAACCAGGGCAGACAGGACCCCAGGGACUUCCUGGUGAGAUGGGAGAACAAGGACCUCCAGGAGAAACAGGACCAACGGGGGAGCCGGGAGUUCCAGGUGAUGUUGGUCUGAUGGGACCAGUUGGACAAAAGGGAGAGAGAGGGGAAGCAGGACCACCGGGGGAUGCUGGACCGCAAGGUGAAUCUGGCUCCCAGGGACCUCCUGGCAAGCCAGGUUUGCAGGGAUUACAGGGUGAGAUAGGGCUACCCGGCCCACAGGGUUUACCUGGAAUCAAAGGAACUCUGGGAGUCCAGGGGCCCCAGGGUCCGCCCGGAGCAAUUGGCCAAGAUGGUCCCAAGGGCAAAUGUGGAGAUCCUGGAGUUCCUGGUCCUGUUGGUCCUCCAGGUCUGAAGGGCCCGUUGGGGGAGCCGGGCUUUCCAGGAUCUCCGGGAACUGCGGGGAGACCAGGCUUCAAAGGUCAUAAGGGGGAAAGAGGAGAGAGCGGCUCCAAAGGAAACCAGGGGGAGCGAGGAACAGAUGGAGAUCCAGGGAUUCCUGGCAUUCCUGGCGAAGCGGGACCCAGGGGGAGGAAAGGAGAGAAAGGAACCACAGGUGACAUGGGCUUCAAGGGCCUUGAAGGGAAGAAGGGCGACAUGGGCCUUAUGGGGGUCGUUGGUCCUCGGGGAUUUCCUGGUCAGGAUGGGUUGCCAGGCCAACCAGGCCAGCCAGGGUAUCCCGGGAAACCUGGCAAGCCUCCUUCUGAUGAACUCAUUCUAAAGCUGUGUACGGAUGUUCUGCGUAACCAACUCCCUGCACUGCUCCAGACCCUCACUCCUUCGUCUGAGUGUGAACCAUGUCAAAGCCUAAAGGGACCUCCAGGUGAGCCUGGAGUGCCAGGCCCCAAAGGCUCCAUGGGAACACCAGGCUACCCUGGCAGAAUUGGAGAUCCUGGCUACCCAGGACCCCCUGGACCCCAGGGUCCCGCAGGCCUCAAAGGUGACAUGGGAGCUAAAGGCCUCAAAGGCAGCAAAGGAGAGCGUUACCAAGGACCCCCAGGACCAGCCGGGCAGCCAGGGAUUCAGGGGCCUCGCGGCUUUGAUGGAAUUGGCUAUCCAGGCAACCAUGGGACUCCUGGAAAACCUGGACCACCAGGCGAACCGGGGAAACGGGGCAGCCCUGGGCUUCCAGGAGCUUGUGAUGCCUCCAUGUGUUACCAAGCCUACAACCUCAGGGAACAUUACAUCAAAGGGCCUGAAGUCUAACAGCACAGGAAAGAGACCGACGCUCAUGAGUUUUACAGCAGGCUGUUCUGUAUCACCGCUGACUAAGACGGUUUCCUGGAGCUUUCUGCACUGGAGGCAGAUGCAAACUUGGGGCUGAGACAAAAUGAAACAGGCAAGCCUUCGAUCCAAGACCAUGGAGUUCAUCAUUAAAGAUGGUCGGCAGGCUGCUAAGGUUAUGGCGACGGUCUGAGCAGAAGGUUUGAAAAAUAACCCAUAAUAGUCUCCUAAUCAGCUGUUUUAUUACAGAUCUGGAGAUAUUUUUUUUGUUUGAAUGGUAUUUUCAUUUGCAACAAGAUAGAGACGUAUGAUUUAUAAUAUCAUUAAUAUUGUUGAAAGAAACUACCUCCUCCUUUGUAUAAAGAUGUUUUGUUAUACUGAGCUCUGCUUUUUUUUUUUGAACCAUACAAACAAAGAAACAUUUAUUUGGUAAGAAAAAACAAACAAUCUGUAUGUAUUUAAGCAAUUUUUUUAAAUCGUGUUA